AGUCACAGGAGAGGACUCAGUCGCAGGAGAGGAAUCACUCCGACCUUGUCCGGCUCCCCGUCCCGCGCCUGCUCGUGCGUAAAAGCCGCGGCCAAACCCGACCGCGUCGAAGGCGCAGCACAACUUCGGCGUUCAUUCAUAUUUUUCUCGUUUUUCCCCCCCUCCGUCUGUCUGCGGGUGAUGUGCACAGGAAUAGAGCAACACUACUCUCAACCUCUUCCGCAUAUUGGAUUUCUAUGCAAAGAGAAGGUCGCCGAUGCGCCUCCAAGGAUUCGGGACAUGAAGACAUGAAGUCUUUUUGAGUCUCAAAACGUUUUUUUUCUACGCUUUUUUUUGUUUUUUUUCAAGUGUUGUUGGUUUUUAAAAAAAAAUCCACCUAGGAAGUAUUUACCCCCCUAUGUGGGAUAAUUAGUCUAGUUUUGGACGAGUUGCGCCGUGCGUCAUACAGUGCGCAAUAAUGUCGGUCACAAUGCCUUCUAUAAUUUGAAUCUGGUUGUACUAAAAGUGCCACAAUUAAGCCCGGAAUGGCGAAUGACGAGUGUAAUAAUCGCAACAUCGUGGAAAAGUACAUCCGCCAUAAACUCUCCAAGCUGGGGUACGCGUGGGGGUUUGAGGAUGCUGCAGCGAACAACGGCGCGGCCGGGGCUCCAGCACCAGCACCGGCCGCUGCGCUGCGCCGCUGCCGGGGAGCGCGCACCGCGCCCGGCGCAGAGGAGGAGGAGGACCCGCUCCUCCUUAGACCCGCACCGGGGCCCCCCCGGCCCGGCCACCCGCACCACCCGCUCCACCCGCACCGCCACGACAUCCACAGAGUCCUGCGGGAGGCCGGGGACGAGCUGGAGCGGCUGUACCAGCUGGACUUCACGGAGAUGUCCCGGCAGCUGUACCUCACCUCCGCCACGGCCAGCAGGAGGUUCGCAGAGGUGAUCGACGAGCUGUUCCGGGACGGGGUCAACUGGGGCCGGAUUAUCGCUUUCUUCGAGUUCGGGGGCACGGUGUGCGCGGAGUGCGUGUCCAAGGAGAUGUCGUCGCAGGUGGACAACAUCGCGGAGUGGAUGACGGAAUAUUUAAAUGGACCUCUAAACAGCUGGAUACAAGAUAACGGGGGAUGGGAUGCUUUUGUGGAGCUGUACGACAGACAGAGGGAGUCCAUCUUCAGCUGCUACUGGCCCUCCAUCAAGACUGUUUUCGGUCUGGCUGCGCUCGGGGCGGCCAGCCUCACCAUAGGAGCGUACCUUACGCAAAAAUGAACACUUCUCUUCUCUAUCAGCUUAAACUUGUGCCUCUUGUUUUUCUUUCUUUCUUUUUUAAAGAUGCCCCUAACCCCUGCGAGACAACCUUCAGACUGAAUCUGGCUCUCUUCAAAGCCUCUCCCAGAAAAUUCCUUCCCUUAUGCUCCUUCAUGUCAAAACAGACACAAAUCAAAACAGCAGAGGGAAACAGAGGCACGGCCUAAAGAGUAAAGUAUGUCUGGAAAAGAUGCUUCAGAGAGCUAAUCACACUAAGCUGAGUACAACUGAGAAGAAACAAGGAAUGCAUGUCUUUUUUUUUUCUUUUUCUGCCUGCUUCUGUGUUAGUGACAGCAUGAACGUUGAGUGUUUUUAUUGUAAAUGUUGCAUGUGUGGAACCCUCUAUUUGGGGUCUGUAAGAAUGCUGAUGCCAGAGAGGACGAUGUUGCUGCCCCACCAACGCUUCUACGGAUGAAGGACCCCAUUCGAACUGUGGACUCCAGUUACCUUCCAAUGGCGGUCCUUCAAAUCAUUUUCUUCAAAGAAAGGCUGCUCAAAAUGGAAAAUGGAAACAGCUCGCUACACCCAGCGCGUUGGAAGUCUACUCCUUUCACUCCUCAGACAGCUCUGGUGAACUCUGAAGAUGUUGCACCAUUAUACUCUCCCGGCCUGCAAUAGUGGACACAAAGACUGAUUUUCUUUUGCAGAGUUUUGAAAGAUCCUUGACUUUCAUGUUGGUUUUCCUUUUCCUGGCAUGCCAAACCAUGUGUGUGGAUUUCCAAGGAAUUUCAAAAAAAAAAAAGAAAAGAAAAGAAAAGAAAAAAAAAAGCUUGAAGUUAUGUUGUUGAAUAUGCCGAGAGUCAUGGGGAAUACAGAGAGAAUGAGGUAGGAAGUGCGGAAAAGUGCCGCAUUUUGCAUUUUAAGAGACCGCGUCUCUACGAUAUAACUGGAUGAUUUUUAAGAGCGCAUUCCUCAAGUAAUGUAAUGUGAAGGAGACCACCCCUCUGCUCGAUUACUCUCCUGUAAAAGUCAAACUUCACCGCCUAUACUAUGAGCACAAAAGAACUCAGAAAAAUCUCUCUUUCCCUCUGUCUUUCCUCCUCACUGAGUCCGUUUUCGGUCGAUUGUUUGGGUUCACCCAGGUUUCAGAGUCGACCCUGUCAACAUGUGUCCUCCAGUUGCUGCAGUCCCACAGUAACGUCCCCACAGAGUCGGCACGACACGAGAAUCCACAGACAGCUGUUGACGUGGACUAAGAAAACCUUUGCGUGGCGGCCACAUGUGACCGAGUGGAAACCACAACGGCAGCUGAGCGUUUCAGCUCAGGACCAAAGGCGGCGAAUCCUGCACGCUGGAACCUGAGAUGUCCCCUCUUCCUGCAAAUGCGUCCAGUUAUUGAUCUGUUCCUUUCAGCCUGUUUUAUUGAUGUUUGUCUUGAGUUACAGUCUGAUGGAAAAUUUGGAAAUGCUUGCAGCCUCCAGAAUAUUUUGUUGUAUAUGAUUAGUUGCUUAUGGAGAGGUGACUUUAUGUGUCUUUGAAAGUCUCAAACGUCUUUGUUGCAUGGAUGAAAGAUACUCUCUUAACACGAUAGAUACGUAACCAUAUUUAUGACAGAACAGGCUAGAAAAGAAGAAACGGCAACAAAAGGACUGCAUUUUUAUUUUAUUUAUUGUGAGGUACCAGAUCACAGAUUUUAACAACACAUUAAUAAAAAAUAAAAAAAAACUAAAAAAAAACACUUUUCUUUCUAUGGAAUCACACUGUAACUACAUUAUUUCCUAGCUGCUAUUAUAAGAGUUUUCAAAAAUGAAUUUCUUUGUUGUGUUAACAUUGGCUUAAGGCUGCUAUACUGUCAAUUUAACUCACAGCUUAAACUGCCACAAUGUCACAGUAUACUAGAGAGCUGGAAACCAAAGUACAUUCAACUAAUUUUCACUUUAAAGGCAGGGUAAGUGAUUUCUGGAAGAUGUCAUGACUGUUAUGUGUAGCAAAACAUCAACAAAGUAUAGCUAGCUGGCUCCUCCCUCCGUCUCUGUCCAAUUCAGUUCAAUUCACCUUUAUCUGAAAAGUGCCAAUUCACAACUAAAGUCAUGUGAAGGCGUUACACACAGAAAACAAGUCCAAAUACAGUUCAAUACGGACAAUCCAAUUCAUUCUCAAUCACAUUUCACUUUUACUGUAUUCAUUCCAGUAGAAUGCAGAUUCAAAGUUCCUGUAAUACCUCCUGAGCAAGCACGAGGUGGCAGUGCUCCCUAAGAAAAAUGGCCCUUUCCCAUGUUGGUGAUUGGCUGGAGCAAUGUUUGUUAUUGUUUUGGGGGUCAGGCUGCCCCAAUUCAGUUCUGUCCCCAUUUUAAAGAGCCAGAAUACCAAGUCUUAUUUUACAAUGUGCUCACAAGAUGGGCAGGUAGCGGACGCUUGGGAAAUAUUCACUGAAAGUAACAAUAUGUGUUCUGGGUUAGAAUCGCUUACCCUACUUUUAACAGAAUCUUAAUUAACACACAUCACUUCAGUUCACUUAGACGGUUCGGUGGAGGGCUCAUACGGUGUUACUGGACUUAGUCUCACUUUGUGCUCUAAAGAUGAAUCAGUGCUUAUCUGUAAAAUAUUGACUUGCCAGACCUAAACCCUGUCUCAGUUACGACGAAACCGCCGGAUUCCCAUUACAACAGCUCACAGUGUGUGAUAUUCCCAGUGAUGACUGUGUGUGUUUGUGUGUGUGUGAGUGUAAGAAACAGAGGAUGAUUAAUGACUAGAAAUAGGAACAGCUUAACAGCAAUAUACUGUAAUUCUUAUAUUCUCUGUGCGUAUAUGAAUGUAGCACUCUUGUUGCUGUACUGUUUUAUGUCUAUACUCGCAAACCUGUAGCACUUAAGAAAGUGAAAUGUGUUUCUGUUGUUUACUGCUAUAUCCACAAUAAGCUAGCAGGAUAAUAUUGUUCCUAAUAAACCAAAUUUCUUGAGCAGAUGG